GGACGGCAUAUCACAAAUAUAAACCAGGUGGUACCCAAUAUCAACCAAACUGUUCAGCCAAUCGGAAUAUGUAGAUUAAUGCACGGGACACUGUGCAGAGUGUAAUGGAAAUCCGGCUUAAGUAAUCUGUAGUUGUUUGCUUGCUAAACUGCUGAAGUUGUUUUUCAACAAUCAACGGGAAAAUCUGUCCCCGUAUUAUUCUAGUUUUGUCCAAUUUUUAAUUGUAGAAAUACAACAAAAGUACGUAUUGAAACAAUUGAGGUUUUUUUAUUUUUUAAAUAAAUAAAUAAAUUGUACGUUUUUGAAAAUCUUUGUUAUUUUUAUUAUAUCAAUAUCAACUUAUUUUCUUUUACAUUGUGAAAUAAUCAACUAAUAAUCAAGAACCAGCAAUUAUUUCGUAGGAUUUUAAGUGAAUUUGAUUUAUAUUUUUUCUAAUCACUAUGGAAUCGUUUAAGCUUUAUUUUAAAACCAUUUUUAAUUGUUUACCCCUACUCCAUAUACCUCCAAAAGUAUUUACUUUUGAUGUUCAAAUAUGAACCCCCCCUUUUGAACAUAGAUUUAAAUAGAGAAUAUUUUUCUAAAAAUAUUGAUAUGCAUAAAACUUAUAUCAGAUUUACCGUUUUUGAGUUAUAACAGUUUAAAGUUUUUGACCGGAGGAGUAGGGAAGGGUAAUAGAUUAUAUUAUUUAUUACACUAACUGAUAUUAGUGUUAUGCAUGUCAACAUUUCUAGAAAAAUAUUCUCUAUUCAAAUCUGUGUUCAAAAAAGGGGGGUUCCUAUUUGCAAAACAAAAAUAUGUAUUUAUUUAAAGUUUAUGGAGUAAGGGUAAAAAACUAAAAAUGGUUUUAAAAUUGAGUUUAAACAGUUCCAUAAUAAUUAGAAAAAAUAUUAAUCAAAUUCUUAAAAUCCUAUAAAGUAAUUGCUGGUUCAUAAUAAUCAAUCACCCUGUAUGAUAGGUAUCUAUUCAAAAUGUUUAUUUGAACUUAGUUUUUAUGUCUUUAAAAUAACCUCAUUCUUAACUUUAAAAUCAAAAAUAACCAUUGAAGGUCUGUUACUAUAAUUUUAAUUUUUAGUGUCACAAGAUGUAUACUGCAAGUCAAAAAAGUUACACUAUUUGUAUGUGAUAAUAAAUUUAAGAUAUUAAAUAUUGUAUUUCUUGUAGUUUUUUAAUUUAUAGAAAAACACCAAAAUUAUUUAACAACAUGUUAUAAAUAUUUAUUUUCAUAUUAUUUUAUCCAAUAUUUAAAUGCCAUUUUAUGAUUAUUUUUUUUUAGAUUACUGGAAAUAUUUUUAUGUUGAAUACAUCUUGUUAAAAUUAAAUGGAAGAAUCCUAUCAAAAUAAACCAUAUUGUAUAAUUGGUCGUGGGAGAGGCUUUAUUAUGAGGCAAUGCAAAAAAGAAAAUGAAUUUGAUUAUUCCACCAAUAUUAUUACACCUAGAAUAUUACCACCAAAAUCCACUUAUAUUCCCAAACAAAUCAGUGAAACUGAUGAUUCAAUUUAUGAAACUGGAAUAGAUUCUGGUAUACAUUUUGACAAAUUUGAUGAAGCUAAAGUUAAUGUUGGAUCUGUGGAAGUACUACAGAGAAUCGAAAACUUUGAUUGUAUAUCAAUUAAGUUAAAGAAAAAUAUUGAAAAGUGCAAAUUAAAAAAACCAACUCCCAUACAAAAAUAUACCAUUCCAACAAUUUUAUCUGGAAUGGACCUACUGGGUGCUGCACAAACUGGUUCAGGAAAAACAGUAAUUAAUUACUAAUUAUAUUAUAUACAUUUUAGUAUUGUUCUUAAAUUAAUUACUUAUGUUUGGAUCAAUAGUUUAAAUUACAGAAUAUUGUUAUAAGUAUCCAAUUAGUUAUGAUUUAUUGUAUAUUUACUCCAGCAAUACAUUGUUAUUUAAUACUGAAUACCUAUUUGAAUUGUAUUUCAAAAAUAGUGUGAAUAGAAUUAAAAUUGUUCACUUAAAACUUAAUUACUCUUAUAUCCAAUAAUUUUGUUUUCCAGUGACUAAUUUCUUGGGGGUCCAUAUUUUUAGUGUCCCACUUGUGGGUUGAAAAUUCACCCCAAACAACUCCAUAUAUUAAAAUUACAAUAAUUUGUGUCUAUUACUUUUAGUAACUUCUGAAAACAUAUGGGUAUUUAUUUAAAAUUAUUUUUGCCAUUAUUUCUGUAAUUAUUAUUAGUUUAAUUAAUCUGGUUAUCAGGCAUAGUUCAAUAAUCAUUUGUUAUGUACAUAAUACAAAUUUGCUCUAAGUUAGUUGAAGAACAUAAUUAAAUGUAAUAAUUAUUUAUAAAUCAUAUUUUCAUGUUGAUUUUUUUUUUGAUUAGAUUUAAUAUUACUUUUUUAAUUAUAAUAAUAUAAUAUAUUUUUAGAAAUGUAAAUAGAGUAGAAAUAUUAAUAUUAUAAUGAAGUAAAACUAAAUACUUAAUAUAAUAUAAAUUUGUUAGUUGAUGUAUUGUAUAUUAUACCUACUUCACUCAAUCUUAACAGUAAACAUUCAAAUAUAAUUUUUCAAGUGUUCAUUUAAAAUAAUGUUAAAUUUGUAUUAACAUAACUGAGGGGUCUAGUUUUAAAGUGUACAAUCUCCAAUUUUUAUGAAAAAUGAGAUAAAUGUCCUUUUAUAUGCAAUUUUCAGCAUUGAAUAACUCACUAUUGUUGACCAAAAUGGUCAAACUCGGUAUGUUUUUAAGAUUUAAAAUUACAUUUAGUUUCGAAAUGUACAAUCUCCUUUGAUAAGUAUAUUUUAUGUGUUUUAUUAUUGUGAUAUUAUUCUUGAACAUCAUCCAUAAUAGUAAAUAAUAAUUAUCACUGUUACCGAAUAUGAUUCUAUGAAAUUACAUAGUGCACCAUACUGUACAAACUCCAACCAAAAUUUUGUUAAACCCAAGACAAAAUCGUCCUUUUAAGCAAAAACUGGUAAAUUAUCUUUGCAUAACUAUAUGAAAAGGUUAAAAAAAAAUCAGUAUAACAAAAAAACAUUUUUGAUUAAAUUAUUCGGUUUUAUUUUUUUUUUGGUUUUCUGAAAAUGCAAGUAAAUUUAGCAUCUAUCUGUAAUAGGUACAUAAUUUUUAAAAAUGCAACUUUUACAUAGAAUAUAUGUUAUAUAUUUUAAAAUAAAAUCUAACAAAAAGUAACUUAGUCAUUUUUGAAGAGACUGAUACAAUUAUACUAAAUUAUAAUAAAAUUAUUACUACAUUUUAUAUACUUAUUUUAGGUGGCUUAUGUUUUACCGAUUUUACACAUGUUGAUAGAAAAACCAAAUAAAUUAUUAAUAAAUUCUAAUCAUUGUGAACCUCAAGUGUUAAUUAUAGCACCUACACGUGAAUUGGCUGUUCAAAUUCAUACUGUCGUUAUCAAAUUAGCUAGAGGUACUGGAAUCUCUACAUCAGUUUGUUAUGGUGGUACUUUAGUAAAUUAUCAAAAAAAUCAAAUUUUAGUAAGUUUUUAAAUAUCAACUUCUAAAUUAAUUUGAAGUAAAUAUAUAUAAAAAAACAAAGUAUAUGAAUUUUUAUAUCAAAUGUUGCCAUAUUUUUUAAGUUUCAUUGUUUUCAGCUUAGUAGAUAAGCAUUGUUGUAUUAACUGUUUACAGAAAUUAAUGUAAUAUUAAUUUUAUAUUUCUACUUCAGCAAGGCUGCCACAUACUUGUCGCUACACCUGGAAGAUUAAAUGAUUUUCUUCAGUAUGAUGUGAUUACUUUUACAUCUAUAAGAUUCCUUGUUUUAGAUGAAGUAGAUAAAAUAUUAGAUUUUGAUUCAAAAUAUGAAGUUGACAGAAUAAUUGAUCACAUUUCAAUGAUUUCUGGUGUGAGUAUUACUUAGUUAUUAAAAUAAAAAGAAAACAUUGUUUUAAAAAUGAGCUAUUAAAAUACUGUAGUUGCUGUUUGAAAAUCAACAAUGGGUUUUGGUUUCAUCUCAAAAAUAAAAGCACCAAAAAAAAAAUUGUAAUGUAACAUUUUAGAACUGCUUGUUUCUGUCAUAUUGUAAAAAUUAAAUUUUUGAAAAAAGUUAAUACCAAUUAUUUUCCAAAAUAAUGAGUGUAUGCCCAUUUAAAUAGAAUUACUUAUAGGUGAAUUAAUGGAUCAUUGCCAUGGCUCAAUACUGGUUGACUAUUGUAUAAUCCAACAAUCAUAACAUAAUUAAAAUAUACAUUGAUUUUAUGUAUUUUUUGUUACCCAUGUUACUACUUAAAUUUUAUUAUUGUACCUACUGUUAUUUUAGUAUUUAUUAUUAUUUAUCAAAUACAAUUAAUAUAAAAAUAUUAACAAUUGAUUAAAUAUUAUUAUUUUAGAAACAUAGACAAACAAUUAUGUUAUCAGCCACUUUACCAAAUGUUAUACAGAACUUAGCAGCAUAUUAUUUAAAUACAAACUAUGUGUUUGUAUCUGUUGGCAUUAUAAAUGGUGCUUCACAAGAUAUAACUCAACAAUUUUAUCAGGUUACUAAUUGCAGAAAACGUUAUAUAUUAGUAAACAUAUUAAGUAAAGGUUAAUGUUUUAUAUAGGUUUAAUUAAAAUAUUUCAGUAAAAACAAUAAAUAUUCUAUUUUAUUUUAUAGGUAACAAAGGAACCAUGGUAUUUGUGAAUAUGAAAUGGACAGCUGAUUUUCUUGCCACAUACCUUAGUGAAAAUGACAUUCCAGCUACAAGCAUACAUGGUGACCGUGCACAAAAAUAUAGAGAAUUAGCUCUAGAUGAUUUUGUUAGUGGAAAAAUCAAUGUAAUUGUUACAACAGCUGUAGCAUCAAGAGGUUUAGGUAAAUUAUAAUAGUCACUAAAAUUUAAAUUGCAAAUAUAUAUAUAUAUAUAUAUAUAUACAGGUGAUUCACUAAGUGUGCUCACCCCAUAUUUUCAGUUAAAUUUUGCAUGUAUUCAAAUUCUGAUUUUUGGAAUUUUUAAGUUUAGUUAAAGCCGAUUUCUCUAAACACUUAGAUUACCAACUUUAUAUUUAUUUAUUUACUUAUAAUAACUGACUUUAAUUCCAAAUUUUAAGAAAACAAUUUUAUAGUAGUUAGAUAUAAUUUAAAUGUUAAAGUAAAAAUUGAAAUAUAAACAUAAAGUUAUAAGGUGGAAGAAAAAAUAAUAAAAACACAAAAACUAUUUACAGUCAAAAAAAAAAAACAAAACAAAUGAAAAAAUAUAAACAUAAACUAUUACAUGAGGAAAUCUAUAGUGUACUUAGCAGAGUUACUUUGGGUUAAUAAUAUAUCUAUGGAGGAGGAAUCCAUAUACUUAUGUAAGGAAUUCCGAAUAUGAAAAAAACUUUUGAUUUCUAUUAUAAUGAGUAUUUAUAUUAAAAUUAAUUUGGCAUGAAAUAAACCGGUAAUCAAUUUUAUUAUUUAAAAUUUUGAUUAAAAAUUUAACAUAAGAGAUAUUUUCUUUCUAUAAAACCAUUGCUAAUCUAGAUGAAUUUUUAUUUUACUUUUUCUUAUAGACAUAAAAUUCAUUCAACAAGUUAUUAAUUACGAUAUGCCUCUAGAAAUUGAAGAAUACAUUCAUCGAAUUGGCCGUACUGGUCGAGUUGGAAAUGUAGGAACAGCUAUAUCAUUCUUCAAUGUAAACUAUGAUUGCCAUUUAACAGAGCCUAUUAUAAAAACACUUUUAGCGGUAUUGUAUUUAUUUUAUUAAUUAAAAUUUAUUUUAUUUAAAUAAUUAUAUUUAUUUAUUUAUUUAAGUUAAUUUUAUAAUUUUUUUUUUUAAAUUGGUUUAGGCAAAACAAGAAAUACCCAAGUGGUUGCAAUUUCUUGGGGAGUGUGUUAAAGAUAAAAAUAAUGAAGAAGACUUUAAUAGAAAUAUAGAUUUAAAUACAGAUAUCAGAAAGGUAAGAAUUUCUUGGUUAAAUAUCAAAACAUAGUAUAACUUAUAUUUAAAAUUAAAUUUAACUAUAAUGUUACAUUUAAAUAUAUGUAUUUAUUUUUAUUUACAGAAUGCAAAUCUUGGAAUAAAUGCAGUUGAAGAAUGGUAAGAGUUAACAACAGUUUAACAAUUGAACUCAUAAAUAGUAAUAAUACUAUUUUAUUUUAUUAAAUUUUUAAUGUACUACUUUAAUUAUAUUGUUUAUUAUCAGUAUGCUAUAUUACAACAUAGGUACAAUAUUGUAUGUAUAAAACAUACAUAAUUAAGAUCCCUUUUAAUAAUUUUUUAUUAUUGUUAUAUAAUUGUUUUGUAAUUUUUUUAAGUUCAUCAUUUCGUAUUUAUAUUCAAAUUCUUUUGAAACACAAACAAUGUUAUAAUAUGUUUUUGCUUGCUUGGUAUAUGUAAUAAUUGAAAAAUCAAAAUAUGCUCCAUAAAGAUGCUUUAAUUAUUAUUCCCAAAUGAUCAAAGAAAAUUUUAUAAUUCUAAUUUAUUUAUCAAUUGUUACUUUCACUAUUUUUUAAAAUAAAUAUUUAAAAUUCAUUAUUUUACCAAGUAUAGACCAGUUAAAGCUGGAAGCACUUAACACCAAAAGUCAAUACUACUAUGCAUUUAACACAUAUUAAAAAGAUUUUGUAACAUUAUAGAAACAGGAAAAUAAAUACUUUCCAAUAAACUGUACAAUAAUGUAACUAUAUCUUUAUGAAACAUAAUUUAUAAUUGAAAAUUGCAAAAAAACCAAUUCAUCACAAUUAUAUUAUAAGUGCAUUUAACAUUUAUUUCUUUUUAAAGAUUGUUUUAUUAUAUACCGCUGUUGCAAAUGCUAUCUAGCCACUAAAAUAUUAAUUUCUAUAAUGCUAACCCAUAAAUCUGAUAUUAGAGUGAUAUAUAUAUAAAAAUGUCUAAAAAAAUAUUUUUCAUUCAAAUCUUUGGUCAGAAAAGAGGGUUCUCAUCUGAAAAACAAAAGUUUAUACUAUUUAAGUUUUAAGAAAUAAAGGCAAAAGUUGAAAAUAAUAUUAAAAUAAAGCCUAAACGAUUUCAUUAUAAUAAUAAUAAAUAAAAAGACAUCAUAUGAUAAUUGAGACAGAUGCAGCCACUGUUAUAAGUAAUUUAAUGUAUAUCUGUAAGCAAAAAUAAACCAUUGUUAAUGAAAAACGAUUCUGAGCGCAUUUCAGUUGAUAGUGAUGCUUUGUCAACAGUGUAUAUCAUAUUAUAGUAAAAUAAUUAAAUGCUUUAUAUAUUUUCUGUAAUAA